AUGGAUCAAGGACCAGAACUAAAAUCGUCAACGAAGCUCAGUCGGCCUCGGAUUCGAGACUUGGGUUACCGCCCUGGCAAAUUUGAACCAGGCCCGCGGAACUCAAUCCUCGAUGUGAAAGGACUCCAUGUUGGGCAAACCACCAUCCAUAGAGAGCCUGACAUCCAUACCGGACGUAAGAUUCCCGAUAGAGGAUAUAAAUCUUCAGUUCAGCUUACAUCUCAGCCCAUUGCCAUCACAAACACGGUUAGUGUUGGAAAAGUGUACGAUGCUCUCUUUCUUUGGGGAGCAGAACAAGCUCGCCUGCGUGGCGAAAGUGAUCUUGAAGCAGUCCGACGUUUCACGAUUCCUCUCGUGGCAGAAACCUAUGACGGUAUGCUGAACAACAUAUUCGCGUCAGUUAUUGAUCGCGAUUCUGUCAACGAGGCUUUAUCAGCGGCAUUAAGUCAGAAAGAAGUACAAGAAGGCAACUAUGGUGGGGGUACUGGGAUGAUAUCUCAUGGGUACAAGGGUGGGACAGGUACCAGCUCCCGCGUACUUCCUGGUUACGAACGUGAUUACACCCUAGGCGUGUUGGUGCAAGCCAACUAUGGCAAGAAAGACGACCUUCGGAUCGGUAAUGUCCCAGUCGGAGCAUUACUCGCUGAGCCAAAACCCAGUGACCCGCCUCUUCCUGCUGGUGGAAAGGCAGUCGAAGGAAGUAUCAUUGUCGUGGUUGCGACGGAUGCUCCUUUGCUGCCUCAUCAACUACGGCGCAUUGCACAGCAUGCCGGAAUGGGUAUCACACAGGUCACCGGCCAUGCAGCUGGGCGAAACUUCUCUGGAGAGAUAUUCCUCGCCUUCUCGACAGGCACUUCACCGGAUCGACUGGCACAUGAAUCCAACGGAUUCGCCUAUCUCCCCAAGCUGGAGACGGAGAAGGUGGAAACACUCAAGAAUGAGACCAUCGAUUCGCUGUUCUAUGCUGUUUCGGAAGCCACCGAAGAAGCAAUCCUAAAUGCCAUGUGCAAAGCUGAAAGUUUAACCGGGUUUAAUGGUGUGCAUGUGAAUGCUCUGCCCGUUGACGAGGUCAAAUCUCUGCUCGAUAGAUACUCCAUACCUCGACCGCACAUGCAUACCUAG